GAUGACGGUGGAUUUUUGUCGAUCUUCCAACCACGUACUCACAAAUUGUUCGCCCAAUAUCAUGAUAAUAUAAGGAAGAGGCAGAGUAGAUGGUUAUGGGCGUCCGGUCCUCCUGCGUCUUCCAUCACGUUCACCUGGGGAAGAUUGGUGUGCAAACACGGAUCUGUUUCCCUCACUCCCGACUCGAGAAGGAAGUUGACAUUUUAUUCCAAGGAAGCCCUUACCCUAUCGCCCAGUAUUUAGACACGGUAUGCGGGAGGGGCGCCCCGGUUGCCGUGCAGGACGCUACCUCCCAUCCCAUGGAAUCCAACGCGGGCUCAUCUGACGUUGGGGACAAGCGUAUGGCUUCCUCGUCUUCCGAAGAGCUGGUUGCAAAAAAUGGGAAAUGUGCAAGCUGCUCUCUAGGUGGGAAAGGGGAGACAGGUCGACCAGUAUGACCCCAUCUCACCCUAUUUGUUUUCUUGCAGGUAUGCUAGGUAAGACCCAAACAUUUCCCCCCCUGGUCGCGGUGCAGGAUGCUAUGCCCCAGCCUUCGCCGUUUGGUGAAAAUGCGGGUUGGUUCGACGUAGGCAUGUCUGAGGCAGCUGUCGGGGAAAAGCGCGGAGCUUCCCCGUCUCACGUAGGUCAGGUUGCCAAGAAGAAAGGUAGGAGGGGCUCACUCGCUGCCUUGGCCGCAAAGGAAGAUGCCAUGCCUCGGCCCUCGAAGUCUAAUGUCAUUCCGUCUUUUACAGGGGAGAGGUGUAGAGCUUCCCUUGUCAACCAUCCAGUUUCUGCUUCCAUCAUUCCCUCGUCUUCAGAUGUGGCGAGGGCAGCGGGCAUCGUUCCGUCCUUGAUUUCCGGGAAUCGCGAUUAUUUGAUAUCUUCCAAUCUAUUUAACUUGGUGGCACGUUCUAUCCAAUCUCACACAGAGGGGCUGAUGGAUUUAACUACCGCGUUUCAAGCGUUAGAUCGCCAGCGCGAAGAGCUCCAGUACCAGGUUCAGCGUCGGGCAGAGGCUGCCUUGGCUGAGCUCCAGUCAAAGUAUGACCUGCUUCAAUCAAAAUAUGAUCAACUGGAGGCAUCGUCCACAGACGCGGGGCGUCAGGCGGUUGCGGCGUUCCAAGCUUCCCCAGAGUUUCUAGAGAUUGUCACUUCUAGGAUGGAAGCUCAACGUUCGGAACAGGUUCGAACAUGGAUGGAAACCAAGGAGGGUCGGCUUUGGCGAGAUAAGGAGGUUCUCAUUUCCUUCAGGUGUGGCCGGUAUGACAUGCAGAAG